UUCAUUACGGCUUAUUCCAAUCUCUUCACCCACCAAACAAACAACUCUCUCUCGAACCAAAACGUUGAACGCAACCAAACGCUACAAUGACGGAAAAAGAGUGCAAGUUCGAGUACCGCAAAUAUGCGGAGGCGGCAACGAGACGCGUAGUGUACGGAUUUAUAGGCCUUGUCGCUACGGUUGCGGUUGUGAUUUUCUUUGUCUGGGCAAUACUUCACCCGCACAAACCGCGUUUUGUCCUGCAAGACGUUACCAUUUACGAGUUCAACAUCUCACAGCCUAAUUUACUCAGUUCAAAUCUCCAAGUAACUCUCUCUUCUCGCAACCCAAACGACAAAAUCGGAGUUUUCUACGACCGCCUCGACAUCUAUGCUUCGUACCGCAACCAAGAGGUGACCUUGGCGAAUCUACUGCCGGAAACGUAUCAAGGCCAUCUGGAAGUGACAGUGUGGUCGCCGGUUCUGAUUGGAUCCGCCGUGCCAGUGGAUCCUUACCUGACUCCGGCACUGAAGGAAGACAUAAACGCCGGGAUGGUGCUUCUAAACAUCAAGAUCGACGGUUGCGUUAAGUGGAAAGUAGGCUCGUGGGUAUCUGGAUGUUAUCGGCUCCUCGUUAACUGUCCGGCGUUCAUUCCCUUCUCCGGCCAGGUAGUCGGCGCCGGUCCUGCGAUCAAGGACCAGCUUGCUCAGCAAUGUGCUGUUGACGUAUGAUAAAAAGAAGACGAAUAUUUUUUUUAGACGAAUAAAGGAGAUAAAGCCUGCACAAGAAAUGCCAGGAUUAGGCAAAGCUUACAAGGGUGGUUUUAUUUUCUAGUUGGAUAUAAGAGGCACAUGAAAACGACUAUGUAGCUACUGGAUAUAAUUUGUGGAAUGAAAAAGUUGAAAAUUUAGUUAAAA